UUUGCUCCAAACAAUACAUCUGCCGUAUGGUUUCAGUUUUCAACAUCGAGUUAGUUCGAUAGUUUUCGCCUUCGUCGACGAUACAUUUUCUUGGUUUUUUGAUGAACUAUUUUUCUGGAUACAGAUAAUCAUCAUGAGGAACAUAACCAUAUGUGUGCCACACCAUAUGUGUGUAAAUCAAAGGAUUAAUGAUCGCAUUAUACUCAAAAAGUACUGAAAUAUUCCGGUUGCUAAUGACCAGCGUUUUAUUAUCCUUAUACCGGAAGUAUUGCUGCGAUCCCCAGCCGGUGACCAGAGGUCAUGCUGUGAAACUAUUCUCGUACAUAUGCGGUGAAGUCGUAUCAUACUUUUUAUCUUUAUAUAUUUGUCUAAAAGUGACCAUCAUCAGUUUUUAUGCGAGAAAUGCGCCAACGUCGUCAAAACAGUACACUGGCAAUGUGACGUCGCCGGAUAAUCAUCAAAAUAAUUGCGGUAUUAUCAGGACUUUGCCGUCUUAAUCUUUUUCACUAUCAGCCGAUUAUCACUGCUGCGCGUAUGCCGGCAACCGAUGCCCUUAUACGAGUCAACCACAUUAUGCUAUCACUGAUCGAACCGGAAGACAAAGUGUAGCACGCAACACCCUAUCAUCAGCGGAACAAUUCUACGUCGUUCGGUUUGCGGAUGAAGUGUUGUUAGUUCGGAAUUAAUUGCACUCCUUCGCUCACUCGACGAUGAGCAUCAGCAGCAGUAUGGACGCCUUUUCGCCAACUUUGCGGGGUCCUGCGGUGUUUGUCGCAUUGUUUCUCUGCGUAACAUUAUGCACUGUGUACUCGCCACUGAUAUCCUGCAUUGUAGCGUACGUUGGCAAGUCGGUGGUGGCGCUGAGUCUGGGCGCCUUCAUCAGCAUUGUCUUCAACAGCUAUCUGGAGAAAUUAUUUGGCAGUGCCAAGGGGAAGACCGUUGAUCCACAGGGACGAGCAGUAUUCGUAACGGGAUGUGAUACGGGAUUUGGCCAGGAAUUAGCUCACCGUUUGCACAAACUGGGGUUUUAUGUAUUUGCCGGGUGCUUAUCGGAGUCAUCUCCAGGUGCUGAGACGCUGCGGGCCAAAGGCAAAGCGGAAGAUCGCAUCGAGGUUGUGGAAUGUGAUGUGACAAAAAAUCAGCAGGUUAUCGACUGUGCGGCAAAAAUCAAGGAACAGUUGCGCGCGAAAAAGCUUGAGUUAUUUGCUCUGGUAAACAAUGCCGGAAUUGUGAGUUAUUGUGAGUUCGAAUGGGUGCCAGUGGAGGAUUACGAGAAAUUGAUGGAUGUGAACACUUUGGGCACUGUCCGCGUGAUGAAGGCCUUUUUGCCACUUUUACGCGAAUCAGCUGGCCGCAUUGUGAUUGUGGCUAGUCUUUCCGGACGCUAUGCGAUUCCCGGUAUGGUGGGAUACAGUAUGACCAAACACGCUCAGAUUGCCUUGGCUGACGGAUUACGCCGCGAACUGAAAAAAUUUGGAAUUAAAGUAUCCCUUGUUGAGCCCGGUGCAUACAAAACAACCAUGAACGAUGCCGCAGUGGGCCUUUCCGCCGUUGACAAACACUGGCAGAACUCUUCAGAGGAAAUGCGGACAUUUUACGGUGAAGCUUAUUACGCGGCCUUCAAGAAACACCUGGAAAAGGUUUCAGCUAGUUCCUGCGCACGCUUAUCGGAGCCGGUCGACUGUAUGGAGGAUGCGGUGAUAUCGGAGCAUCCUAAACUGCGCUAUGUACCGGGGAGUACGGGAGCCAGAUUGCGUGGGUUUAUUCUACCGUUUUUGCCGUACUGCGUACAGGACUAUCUAAUGAAAAUGGCCGCAGCGCCGGCUGUGCCUUUAUGUCGAAAUGCUUGAUAAUUUUCUUGCUGUCCAUACGAAAUUUUUGUAACGCUUUAGUAACAUAAACAUCAUUUUAUAAUUUAAGAAUUUUUGGAAUAGGCAGUAUUACUGCUCUUGAAUUUACAAUACGAGUAUACUUUUGCUGUUAUUUACGAGUAGUAGAUUGUUGACCGGACGCUGUGGUGGUAAAGACUACGCCGGUGGAUGUUCGUUUCUCCUUCACUUUAAAGCUUCAGUAUUUUACUAGUG